CAAGCGAGACGUUCGCGUGAAGCUGGUUUUAGGUCCUUUCUCGUUCAUGGCUCGUGGCACCGUUUAAACUUCGUCACGAUGAAGCUGAACGUAUCGUAUCCCGCGACAGGAUGUCAGAAGCUGUUCGAAAUCUCGGACGAGCACAAGCUCAGAAUUUUCUACGAGAAACGCAUGGGAGCUGAGGUUGAAGCCGAUGCACUGGGAGACGAAUGGAAGGGCUAUGUAGUUCGCGUUUCCGGUGGUAACGACAAGCAAGGCUUCCCCAUGAAGCAGGGUGUCCUGACAAACGGCCGUGUACGUUUAUUGCUAUCGAAGGGACAUUCUUGCUACAGACCUAGACGUGAUGGUGAGCGUAAGCGCAAAUCUGUUCGUGGUUGCAUUGUAGAUUCCAAUUUAUCUGUAUUAGCCCUCGUCAUCGUAAGGAAGGGAAAGCAGGAAAUCCCAGGACUGACGGACAUGAACGUACCGCGUCGUCUGGGACCAAAGAGAGCGAGCAAAAUUCGCAAACUCUUUAAUCUUUCGAAAAAGGAUGAUGUGCGACAGUUUGUAGUGAAACGACCGGUACAAAAAGAAGGAAAGAAGGAGCGAUUUAAGGCACCGAAGAUCCAGCGUUUGAUCACUCCAAUCGUCCUUCAGAGGAAGAGACAUAGAUUGGCUCUUAAGAAGAAACGUUGCUUGGCCCGCAAGGAACAGGCGGCCGAGUACGCGAAACUGCUGGCGCAGAGGCAGAAGGAGGCGAAGAACAGACGCCAGGAAGAACUCAAGCGAAGGCGUAGCGCCUCUAUGCGCGAUUCCAAGUCUUCGAGUCAGUCGGCACCUACACAACAGUGAUUGGAUUGAACUUAUUUACAAAUCAAUAAAAAAUCUAAACUACUUGUAA